AUGUCAUACAACGCGGUGGCGGGACAUUAUCGUAGGGUUCCAAGGGAGGCUGAGACAUUCGCCCUUCAAGAGAUAUUUAGGUACACAAUCAUCAUUGGCUUCCAUGUGCAGUUCUUGGUUAUUUCAUCACAACCGGUAUCAUUUUACAACCGCAAGUCCCAGCAAAGAGAGAUGGAGUUGCCAUUAUCAAGGAUAAUUUCCACUGUUUUCGCUAUCCUCUUUGUCAUUUUCGUUUCCCUCAAGACCUUAUUCCCAGGCGACGACCCUUACCGCUGUCGUGCUGUUCAACAAACCGGCCGCUGGAUUGAUCCACCGGACGAGGAAGGACAUCGAUAUCCUUUUCGUCAGUGGCAACCGGAUGGAUGUAUCUUUCACGAUUAUGACUCAAAAGGUAUUCGUCAAUGCACCGAAGGCCGACGUAUAGUCGUCGUAGGCGACUCGACAUCCCGACAUGUCGCCUACGCUUUCGCCCGUUUGAUCAACAGGGAACAGUUUUACCACGAUAAAAACGGCACGGUAUUCCCUUAUCUACGCGACAGUGUCAACUUGACCUACCAUGGCCAGAUGAUCCAGCGAAUCUCCAACGUUUUCCUUGAGAGCCACGGUGAUCCGCUCCAGGAGAAAGGAGGCUUUGUUACAAAUCUCGAUUUGUACGCCGACGAUAAGAUGAACCCACCCACUAUCGACGAUCAAGAAGGACCUGCUAUACUCUAUGUGGCGGGUGGUCUUUGGUUCACGAAUCAUAAAGGAAACGCCACGAGACAUGUUCCAUGGGACACACGUUUCGACGAAUACAAGGCCCGAAUAAAUCAGCUGUCCAAGUUUAUCAACGACAAUACACCAGAUCAAGACCCAUUCACUGCUCCUAUGGAUUCACGUGACGGCAUUGGUAAUCAGAUCUUUUACGGACCUCCUUCAGGACCUUGCUAUCAAGGCGACGUUCCCAAAUCAAUCAUAAGCAGUGCGAGACGAGCUUCGGAGGUCAUCGACAUUCAGAACUGGCUUCGCGAUACAGAAGAUGAAAGGCGAAUCCCUGUCUUAUGGUCUAUCGUUGGCGUCACUAUUGGUCAGAACAAAACAUGGAUUGAUCCUCUCUCCAAAGCAGCCCACGUCAUUGACCAGGUUGCCGAGACCAGGGCCAACAUUGUCCUCAAUCUGAGAUGCAAUGCUAAACUUGAUCGCAUGAGACGAUCUCCCCAUGGCGGGACUUGCUGUACCGACUAUGGCGUCACCCAAUACCGGAUCAUUAUCGCUGUUGUCGGUAUUGUCUACCUGUCUGCAUGUGUUAUGAUGGCAAAGAGUAGCAAGCUUUGGGAGGUUGACGGCUUUGCAAUUCUCUGUGCUGCCUGCCUUCUUCCUUUGCUUGUCACAAUUCGGCGUACGCGACCAAAGUCCCAUCAGCACCUACCUUCAACAGAAGACGAGACAUCCGAAAAGUUACUUCCAGAGAACCCAGAGCUAGAAGAGAACUACCAGCAAGAUGAGCCAUUCCUUUCUCGCACACAGACAGAAGAAUGGAAGGGGUGGAUGCAAUGCUUCGUCCUCAUCUACCAAUGGACCGGAGCUGAUCAAGGUCCUAUUUCUCUCUAUAUUCUCUUCCGCCUUUGCAUCGCCGCCUACAUGUUCCAGACCGGUUACGGUCAUGCCGUCUAUUUCAUCACAACCAGCGACUUCUCGUUGAAGCGUGUAUGCAACAGCGAUACACAAAUGGUAGUGGCCAAAGUGUGCAUCUCCGGUGUUUUAGUGUUUGCGAUGUUCGUGACUCCACUUCCAAGGUGGAUCUUCAACCUGUUUGAGAUCAUCUUCAACAUCCAGUGGAGCGCAGAUCAGUGGAUACGCUACGCCACGCUCGAUAUGUUCAUUGUCUAUAUCGGGCUCAACAUUGAGCCAGAGUUCUUAUGA